GAUCUCUCCAGCGUGCGCAAUUACUGUGACGUCACUGCUGAUCCAGAUCUAACGGACUCUAGGACCCCGCUAUAGCUCCUUCCCGCUGACGGGCCUCUGCGGCGUCUGAAGCCCUAGACGGCGGAGCGGAGCAGGCCGGUGCCGGUGCCGGGGAGGGUCAGGACGGGGAGAGACGCGGAGGGAAGACGGGCAGCGCGCGACCACCGGAGGGUUCAGGCCCGGGGCUGCAUGGCGAAACGGGGAGAAGGAGGAUUUGAUGGUCAGAAGGUGGAUCAGUUUCAUCGCCACAAAAGUCCCUCAGCAUUUUAAUGUCUUUUAUUUCAUUUGCGUUGAUUUCAAAUGCAUCGAUCAGGCCUGUAGUGUGUUUUUGUUUCAUCAUGCCUCUUGAUCUGGACUGUGACGCAGCGGAGAACAAAACGAGUCCAGAGGCUAAACAAAAAGUGUGUGAGGUCACACAUGAAGAGAGAGUGACGGACACACCAACACGAAGAGUCGGACGACCCGCUCGAAAACGUAAAGCACCAGGAGUGGAUAGUUGUGGGCGUGUGAUUGAGGGCGUGGCCUUUAUUAAGCAGGCGGGGUUUAACGGUGAAGCAGAGAAUCGGGUUUCAAAGAAAAACCUUGAACAGAGCGACUCCUCCCCUGACUCCACCCACCAAAACGGCACAGACACGCCUUCUGGAGCAGACGGAGACUCUGCCCCUUCCACUCCACGGAAGAAACGAGGGAGACGGAAACUCCAGCACCCGGAGCGCCACAUUGAAGAGGACGAUACCAGCAGCGACACCAGCAGAGGAGAGAGCGACGGGGGUCGUCUGAGGGGCCGGCAGGGCUGGGACAUCAGUUUGAGGAGACGUCCCGUACAAAGAGAAACCUUCCAAGCCGGAGACCCCUAUCACAUCAGCCGCCGAGAGAAAGAGGAGUUGCUCGCCCGCUGGAGGAAGGAGAAGGUCAGAGAGACACCAGAAGAGGAGAAGGCCCAACUGGGGAUCACCAUGAGUGACAUAAUGGACGACCAAUCAGCUGUGGGCUCUCAGAAGGAGGAGGAGUCAGCUAUCAACCUCCCAUCCACACCCACACCUCAGCAGCAGCACACUGACCCCGCCUCCCCAACGGUCGCCACGACGCCGGAGCCGCCUCCCGUCGCCUGCGGCAACAAAGUGAUGACGAGAUCCUCAGAGAUGGAUCUGGAGUAUGAGGACGGCCGUGGGUUCGGGAUCGGAGAGCUGGUUUGGGGGAAGCUGCGGGGAUUCUCCUGGUGGCCCGGCCGGAUCGUGUCUUGGUGGAUGGCGAGCCGCAGUCGGGCCGCUGAAGGCACCCGCUGGGUCAUGUGGUUUGGAGAUGGCAAAUUCUCAGUGGUGUGUGUGGAAAAGCUGUUGCCCUUGAGCACAUUUUGCACGUCUUUUCAUCAGCCCACCUACAACAAACAGCCCAUGUACAGAAAAGCCAUCUAUGAAGUUUUACAGACGGCAGGUAUGCGUGCUGGUAAACCGUUCCCUGUGUGUGUGUCCGCCGAUGACCCGGACAUAUCGAACAGUGUUGAAGUGCUCACGCAGCAGAUGAUUGAAUGGGCCAGCACUGGGUUUCUCCCUUCUGGUGCCAAAGGCCUGGAGCCGCCACCAGCGGAGCGGAGCCCGUAUACUGAGGUGUAUCCAGAGAUGUGGGUGGAGCCUGAGGCCGCUGCGUACUCGGCUCCGCCCCCUGCCAAGAAACCCAGGAAGAACAGUGUCGAGAAACCCAAAAUCAAAGAGAUUAUUGAUGAAGGAACUCGAGAGAGACUCGUGUAUGAAGUCAGACAAAAGUGUCGCAAUAUUGAAGAUAUUUGUAUUUCCUGUGGAAGUCUGAACGUUGCACUAGAACAUCCUCUGUUUAUCGGAGCCAUGUGCCAGAGCUGCAAGAACAGUUUCCUGGAGUGCGCGUAUCAGUACGAUGAUGACGGUUAUCAGUCAUACUGCACCAUCUGCUGCGGAGGACGAGAAGUGCUCAUGUGUGGGAACAACAACUGCUGCAGGUGUUUCUGCGUGGAGUGUGUCGAUCUGCUCGUGGGGUCCGGAUCCGCACAGGCCGCUAUCCGUGAAGACCCCUGGAACUGCUACAUGUGCUGCAGCAGGAACGUCUCGGGCAUCCUGAGACGCAGAGACGACUGGACCUCACGACUGCAGCUGUUCUUCGCCAACAACCACGACCAGGACUUUGAACCGACAAAGCUGUAUUCACCAAUGGCAGCAGAGAACAGGCAGCCAAUCAGAGUGCUUUCUUUAUUUGAUGGCAUCGCUACAGGGCUGCUGGUGCUGAAGGAUCUGGGCAUUCAGGUGGAGCGGUACGUGGCGUCAGAGGUGUGUGAGGACUCCAUCACGGUGGGGAUCGUGCGACACCACGGAAAGAUCAUGUAUGUGGGAGACGUCAGGAACAUCACACGUAAACAUAUUCAGGAGUGGGGGCCGUUUGAUCUCGUGAUCGGUGGAAGCCCCUGUAACGAUCUGUCCAUCGUCAACCCUGCCAGGAAAGGCCUGUUCGAGGGCACCGGGCGUCUGUUCUUUGAGUUCUACCGGCUGCUUCAUGAAGCACGGCCCAAAGAAGGAGACGAGCGACCGUUCUUCUGGCUGUUUGAAAAUGUCGUCGCAAUGGGAAUCAGUGACAAGAGAGACAUCUCACGCUUUCUGGAGUGUAAUCCAGUUAUGAUCGACGCCAAGGAGGUGUCUGCCGCACACAGAGCUCGAUACUUCUGGGGAAACUUGCCUGGAAUGAACCGGUACAACUGCUUGAACAUCUGCUGUAUGAGCGAGAUAAGAUGUGAAUGUUUCAGUUACAGUACAUGUGAAACAGGCAUGAAGAGUGAACAUCAGACAAACAAGGGAACAAACUCUCUCUGUCUCUCUCUCAGUCCUCUGACUGCCAUGAUGAAUGACAGACUCGAGCUGCAAGACUGUCUGGAACAUGGACGCACAGCUAAGUUCGGGAAAGUGCGAACCAUCACAACUCGCUCAAACUCAAUAAAACAAGGCAAAGACCAGCACUACCCCGUCUACAUGGACAAUAAAGAGGAUAUCCUGUGGUGCACGGAGAUGGAGAGAGUUUUCGGCUUCCCCGUCCAUUACACAGAUGUGUCCAACAUGAGUCGUCUCGCCAGGCAAAGGCUUCUGGGAAGGUCGUGGAGCGUGCCUGUGAUUCGCCACCUCUUCGCUCCGCUGAAGGAAUAUUUUGCCUGUAACUGAAGCUCCACCCACCACACAUCAUGAUGGCGUCGUGACAUCCCUCCUCUUCCUUUCUUGCAUAUCCAAUAAGUUCCACCUUCUUGUGGUUUCCAUUUUUGCUUGUGGCCUCUGAAUGGCUGGUGCUAUUCUAAUAUUACUAUUCAACCCACUAGACAGCCACAUUUCAGAUAUUUAUUUGAAAACAAUUUAUUUGAGUCCAGAUUUUUUAUUUUCUUGUAUUUUAUUGACAGUCGGUUUAGGAUUUUUUUUUUUUCAACUGUGACAACUCUUUCUCUCUCACACAACUGACAGAGACAACAUGUGUGUGUGUUUGCAAGUGUAUGUUUGUCCGAGUGUGAAAAUAUAGAGCACAAAGCACUGGAUGACGAGGUGUGAAACAGAAGCAGACGCUCUUUGAAUACUCAAAGCAGACGAAUCCCGUCCCCCAAACCUUAAACUUAUGUUACCCCGUGAACUAACCAGGUAUGAUAUGGAAAUCUUCAAGAAUCAAAUCAUAUUUGAUGUUUAAUAUAGAAAGAAUCUAACAGAAAAUAUGUCUAGGUCAUAUUUCAUCCUGAUACCAAAAGUAAAAGAAAAAAAGUAAAAAAUGUUUUGCAUUAUUUUAUUGACAAUUAAGCACAUUUACCCAAUAAAAUCGCAUUACUGUAUUUCAUAUAUAUAUAUAUAUAUAUAUAUAUAUAUAUAUAUAUAUAAAUGUAAAGAAAUUUUGUUUUUUCUUAACAUGGAGUAAUUAACAUUAACAUUAUUUUAUUUAUUAGGGAUAGGAAGAUUAACUGAUUCGCUCGGUGCAUCGACAUUAAAAAGUUUGCAUUAGCUACAAGUCAGCAUUUGUAUCGCAACAUAAUACAUGCACCAGUGGUGGUAGAAAAACUAAGUUUAAGACCCUCUGGAUUGCUUGUAAUAAAGAUUUAAAUGCAAAAGAAAAGGCACAAGAGCCAACUGUUUCUGUCAGUGGUGAGUUUAAAUUUAAAAUCUUUUAACACGAAAUGUAAGCUAUAUGUUGUGUUUAAAUGUGUUGCCACUUGCUUGAGCAACUUAUAAAAACCUAAAGAGUCAAAUGCAUGAAUAAUACAUUUUUUACAUUUAUUGAGUUUAAACUAAAGAUUGUUACUGUACUGUGAUAAAAGAGGAUCACAAUGCUGAAAGAGCUUUUUCAGUAGCAACGUUUGGAUUUGAAAUCAAAAUAAUGGAUAAAUGUUGUGUUUGUUUGCAACACGAAUUAAGACUGUGUGAAAGCACAAUGAGUCCGUGCAGCUUCUGCACCGCAGACGUAGUGCUCAUAGACCGCAUACGCACUGCAGACGGAAGUGAACGAGUGCUGUAAAAUAAAAUACCACAAUGCACAAAAAAUGUUUAAUAAAAUUAAGGUUCUAAAAUGGGCUAAGAAAAUUCUAGAUUUUUUUUUCUUUGGAUGAAAUGUAACUCUGGGCAUAUUUUCAUGAGAUUGAUUAAGCAGUGCUACAGUUUUAUUUCUACUAUUACAUUAAUAGAAAUCAGGUAAAUCACAUCUAGUUAGAUUAACAUGGAAGAAUUGCAAUUUAUCACUUACUGCUUUGCCAUGUGGUGCCUGGUUAGUAUACGUGUCUGUAACAUCGACACAAACAUCAUUUUUACACAUAAACACACAUUUCCUGUGAGAGAGAAGAUGUUCUUGAAAAAUCAACAAUACACUGUUUACAGUCUUAUUAUGGUACUACUAAACUUCAGCAACUAUUCACUCACAACUCCACUAUGGUGCUCUCUCUCUCUCUCUCUCUCUACACCUUUCUGCUGGAGCCUAUAGGGCACAUAUGAGAGAGCUGUGUCCCAUCACACACACAUGCAUGCUGAGAGCUGUGUUACACGUUCAUACACCUCAAAGAGACAGUUUACCCAAAAAUAAAAAUUCUGUCCUCCUUUUUUCACCCUCAUGUCAUUCCGACCACAUACACACUGCAGCUAAUUUUGGUUGUCAGUUCACUUUUUAGUGCUUAGUUCUGUUCUGUACACACUUACAACAACCGCAUUUUACCAAAUGAAGUCAUUUACAAAAAUUGUAUGUAGUGUGUAUGGAACAGGGUUGCCAGGUCUCAGAACAAAACCAGUCCCAUUGCUAAUCAAAACUUGACCGUUUUUUUUUUCCUUUUUUUUUUUUCUUUCAUCAAGGGGCUAUAGCAUUCACUUUAACCCGCAAACAAACAAACAAACAAAAAAACACGGAACCAUUGUAAAAGUAGUGCAGUUUUGAGGGAAAACCACUGACUUGGCAACACCGGUAUAUAACCAAACUAGCUGUUCAUGCAGCAUUUAAGCAUAUAUCAGAGUUGUCUUUUCUGUAAUGUGCUAGAAAUCACCGUGAAUUAGGUUUUGACUCGUUAAUGUUGCCAGAUAUUUCUAUAAAAACAGCAAAUAACAAUCCUGUAAUGAGCUUAAAAUAAAAUGCUUUAUUGUGUAAAGAUACCACAUGCCAAAAUAUUGUGCCAUGCACCUACUGUAUGAGUAAACACAAGCCCAAAAACAAUUAAUAAGCAUUGCUUAUAAUAAGUGGAAGUGUUAACCCUUCAAGAGCCUUCCAAACAGCUCUGUUGAUGGUGGUUUUAUUUAAAUUGACGAACACAGCUUGGUCUUUGGUUACUUUGAGGAGGUGAAUAACUGAUGACAUUGGUUUAGUUUUUGGGUGAACUACUCCUUUGUAAAAGAUUUUUUUUUUUUUUUUUUAUAAGAUCAUGUCGUUUGCUGUCGUCUCUGAUGCAAUAUUCUGCCAACACCACACACCGACCUUCCGCAUGUAGAAAUGGAAUAACUUGCAUCCGAUUCUGCCAGAUCUUGCCGUUUUCAGUCCAGAUACCACCACUCUUACUGUAUUUGGUGUUUGUGUGUGUUCAGUCUGGUAUCAGGGAUGUUGUGUCGUUUUUAGCCCCUGCAUGUGUUUCUACUGGUGGUGCAGAAAUUCAAUGGUGCCGCAGAUACUCCAUGGUGCAGCUUCAUGGUGCUUCGUUCUUACUCUCUCCUGGCUUGCAUUCUGCUUCAGGUUCAGCUCGGCUACGUUCACACUGCAAUUGCUGGAUUUUUAGCCCAGACCUGUUUUUUGAUUAUUAUUUUUUUAUUUAUUUAGAUUAAUAUUUUUAUUCAGAAAGGAUGCAUUAAACUGAUUAAAUGUGACAAUAGAUACAUUUAUGAUGUAAAAAAAAAUGUAGACAGUAUUUCAAAUAAAUGCUGGUCUUUUGAAAAUUUGAUUCAUUACAGAAUCCUGAAAAAUGUCAGUUUUCACAAAAUACGAAGCACGAACUGUUUUCACUGAAAUAGCAAGAAAUGUUUCUUGAGCAGCAAACCAGCAUAUUAGAAUGAUUUCUGAAGGAUCAUGUGACACUAAAGACUAGAAUAAUUGAUCACAGGAAUAAAUAACACUUUAUUCAAAUAGCAAACAGCUAUUUUAAAUUGUAAUAAUAUUGCAAUUUAUUGCUGUUUUUACUGUAUUUUUGAUGCGGCAGGUUAGUAUAAUUGUAUCGUUGACUUAACCUUGCUAUAAAUUCAAAUUAUUUUUUAAUUCUACUAUAUGAAGUGUUGAAAAGGAGAUUGUAAUAUUUAAAGAAAACAAAUAAAUUAAAUUCAGAUACCUUUAUUUAAAAAGAAAUUGUGCCCUAAAAUCUGAGGCCACACUGAAAUUCUGGGAUUCAACGUGUAAUGUAAAAAAUAACCAUUUAUUUUUAGAAUUUCGGAAAAUAAAAAUGAAUGAUAAAAUAGUCCCGGUUCUGAAUUAGGCUCUUGCGAUGUGAGCGUAGCCUUUCUCUCUGGUGCUGAACUGCAUACAGAUCAGUCAAAGUGCUAAUCUAAAGGCUGAUUAGUAUUGUAUUUCUCCCGUUCCGGUUUUUGAUAGUCUUGACAUAUUCAGUGCUCCUUCGGUCAGGGUUCUGGGAAAGUGGCCCAUCUGUGUGAUGUCCUAAAAGCUGGUCACAUGGUGCUCCCAGAAUCUAGAGUCCUCUUGUGGUGCAAGCGGAGAGUUCACACUUGGAUUAUGUGCAAACUGGAUUACUCUACCAAGUGUGUUGUUUUAUAAUCCUGUUUCACAUCUGAAGUAAACAGGACUCUGGUGCUCACAGAGAUGUGCUUCGAAAAAUCAAGGAUUUUUGUACGAAUUUGCUAAUUCGAUUGGUCCUCACUGGAGGGAAGAGUUUAUACAGAUCACAUUUCAACCGGGAAAGCAAACUAACAUAUUGGACUACUUCUUAUUUGAGGGUUGCUCGUUUCUUCAAACUUUUGACUGACGUGACGUUGAAAUCUGGUCAGCUAACUCAUUACCUGAAAGAUGGUUUUAUUUGCAGUUUCAGAUCUGAAUUAUUAUAUCACAGUUGAUGUUGAGAUAUGCUUAUGGCCCACAGGUUAUAGUAAACUUCUGCUUGAGCGCAUGCUCAGAAACCAGACUUUAAGGAGAACAUCCUGCUAUUUAGCUGUUUGAUAAUAGUAAUUCACUUCAGGCAAACAUGAUUCGAAACAUUUUUGAGUCUUUUAAAGAGUGUUAAGUUGAAAUGCAAAAAAGUCUAGAAAUUGAUUGAGAUACUGUCAAUUUUUGUUGCCAAAAACCUCUAAGAAGAACAUGCACUUCCAUGACCAGCAUGAUGUCUUUUGAGUUUUGUAGACUAUUGGAGUAAUUUAGCAUUACAUUACUUGGUCACCAAUGGAUCCUCUGCAGUGAAUGGGUGGAACCACAGAUUUUAAGUCAGUUUUCUUUUUUGGGUGAGCUCUUCCUUUAAUGCUAACCCAUUCAUUUCUGACAACUCUUUUUGCUCCAGAGGCAGAAUAUUUAGCUUUUGGAUGGAGAUUUUGAAAUGCAGGAUGUUCUCCUUUCAAGGUUGCUUGGUAGAAUCUGACUCCUUUAGCAGGAUCUUCGUGGCACUGUGCUGGGCCGAACCGCUCGUAGCCUUAGAGUCUGUUUGUGUUUGUUUGGUGAAGGCUGGUCAAUCUCGUAACGCAACGUGAGGUUUGAUUGUUAUUAGUCGAGACUUAAGUGGUAAAUGAAUUGUACAUUAAUGAUAAGUUUGCCUCUUUUUUAGAAUUUAUUACAUUUUGUGUGCUGGGUGUUUUUAAAUUCAUUUAGAGUAAUUCUGCCGUGUUUAUUGGCUAGUGUAUGAUUAUAUGCAUGGCUGUUAUAAUAAAAGGGGGUGGGGUCGAAGGCGGGGCUAUGAACUAGUGAUGGGCGUGGCCAAUUAAUGGAAAGGCCAGAGAAUUCUUUUCUAUUUAUGAACCCUGGUGGGGAAGAUGAUUGACAGGUGAUGCGCUCAAAGGCCGACCAAUAACCUGUCAUCAGCUUUAAAGGAGGCGGGUCUUGUCUGAGGUUAUUUUAGGAAUAAUACAAGUAUCUCGAUCCGAGAAGGUUGUUUCAAAAAGGUGCUAUACAAUUUAUUCUUAAAUGAUGAGCUAGAAAAGAAUGACGUGAAAAUAUAUCGUUGAGAAGUGACUUGGUCUUGACAAUGACUGUUUUUUUGUUGUGUAGUCUUGAGGAAGCACUAUUAUUUUACUCUUUUAUGAAUAUAUUAACAAAGGCAUUUUAACUUUGUACUUGAUGAAAAUGUAAACGUAAAAAAGAUGAUUAAAAAUGUACAGAUUCAUGUGUUUUAGCCUAGACAUUACUGUAGUAUGUGCCUCUCAGUAAGAAACCUUCAUUCAUACUGUAUUCACACGCUGCCUUCAGGUCACGUCGGAAUGAUCGUAUUUACGAGUCGAGCGCUUACCGUUAAGAAACUCUGGGUUUUCUUGAAUUUUUUGGGUUUCGUCUCAAUUGAUCGAUCCCAGUUGGUCAUAAUUUGGUUUUCAUUGAAAUAGCCUACCAUGUAAUUUAGGUUUGCAUACGGUGUGAAAAGGGCCGUAUCAGAAAAUACCAUGAGGGGAAAAAACUACAUUUCCCAUCAUUCUUUGCAGUAGUGUCAAAAACCGCACCUAAUACACAUCUCUUCAUUUUCUGCUAAAGAGCUUGUUUGUCAGGAAAUACAUUUGAUUCUGACCACUUUGCAUCGACUUUCGAACUCGUAAGUAGGAGCUUCCCCGGAGGACUUGAAGGCAGCAUUACUGUACACUGUUACGUAACUGCUUGGAAGUGAUGGCAAAACUACAUUACCCAACAUUCCUUUCUACAGACUCCCUUCAUGUACUCCUGCUACGAUCAGACUGUAUUGUUUUUUAUAUAUGAUUGUCGUUGCCUCAAUAUUUAUUGCCCUGCAGCCUCGUCCAUCUGAUCAGUCCACAGGUCUCUCUCUUUUACUUUUUCUUCAUCCACUGUAACACACCUUUAUCCUCACCCUCUCUCUCUCUCUGUGUGUGUGGCUGUAGUUCUGUUGUGUUUCGAUGGUCUUUGGAGUGUUAUAGUAGCAGUUCAUCCUUCCAUAAUUCUCUCUGUACGCAGUGAAAGGAGAGACAGCCGAACGCAGGCUCCUUUCCUGUGAGCGUGUGCUGGGGGACACUUGAAUUAAAUGUACUGUUUUUGUGCUAAAA